AUGAAGAGUUCCGAAAAUAUUGGUGAAUUUGUUACGCGUUUGAAAACGGUGACAAAUGAGAUGAAAAUAAAUGGAGAAAGUCUCGAUGAUGUUCGGCUCAUGGAAAAGUUGCUCCGUUCAUUAACAAGAAAAUUUGAUUAUGUUGUGACAUCCAUCGAGGAGUCAAAAGACCUGUUCACAAUUUCAAUUGAUGAGCUCGUAGGUUCUCUUCAAGCCCACGAGCAGCGAAUGAACCAGUAUGAUGAUGCAAGCCAUUUGGAAAAGGCGUUGCAAAGUAAGGUGUCCGUUGGUGAUAGUUCUGGCAGUAGCAGUUCUGCACGUGGCAGAGGUGGCUUUAGAGGUGGCUACCGUGGUGGACGAGGACGAGGAAGACAUUAUGAGUGUAGAGCCCCAAAGGUGGAAGAAAGAAGUCAUUUUGUUGAAGCAAAAGAAGAUAAAGAUGUUAGCUCUGCUAUGUUUCUCACUUACAAAGGAUAUGAAGGAGGCAAGAAAGAUACAUGGUAUCUUGACUCGGGAGCCAGCAAUCACAUGACUGGCCAUAAAGAAUUAUUCACGGAGAUAGACGACACCAUCAGCGGAGAAGUUACUUUUGGUGACUCAUCAAAGAUUCCGGUCAAAGGAAAAGUCUUGGCCAACUUGUGGAGAAAGGAUAUAAUAUACAGAUGCAGGACAAUUCCCUCAUUAUCAGAAAUAAAGCUCGGGAAUUGA